AUGUCCUCCAGCGCGAUACCAAAUGUCUUGGUUCUUUCAAUUGAUGAAUAUACUGAGAAACUACAGCCCAAGCGGGUUCGAGUUUCAAGGGCAUGCGACGUUUGCCGCAGCAAGAAGAUAAGAUGCGAUGGACGACAGCCAUGUCUCCAUUGUACAGUCUAUUCGCACAAUUGCACCUAUAAUCCCGUUUCGCGAUCAUCGAAAAAGAUGCGUACAAUGUCGAAUACCUCGAAGCCUGAUUAUCUGGAUCAGAUUACUUCGGGCCAUGGCUCCUCAACUAGAGCACAGCCGUUAAACAUCAGAUCCAACAAUUCUCAGCUGGAAAUGCAUUACCUGCGGAUAAUACAAGCUCUGUUUCCCAAUCUAAAUACGAAAACAAUUGAUGGUGCCCAGUGCGACAAAAUUGUUGAGCUUAUCGGAAAGAACAAGUUUCAAGGGCUGCUGAAUGUUGAGGCUGUAGAGGCUGACUUUCUUACAAUGCCUGCAGUGCCACACAAUCCGAAUGCUGAUAUCAACAGGGGGCUUGAGGAAAUCUCUGAUAGUUCCAGUAGCCCCCCUAACCCACUGGCCCUACAGCCGCUACAAAUCAAAAUAGUUUUACCACCACUUGAUAUGGCCCGCACUCUUAUAUUUAAAAGCUGGAAAUGCGCAUGCGUCCUAUUCCGCUUUAAUCAUCGUCCAAGUCUUUUGAACACUUUGGAGAAACUAUAUGAAACUAAUCCUGAAGAAUAUACCAAUGAUCAGAAUAAAGCACUGCCACUAAUAUACUCCAUACUCGCGGUAGGCGCUUUAUUUACUAAAGAUGAUUUUGGAAAAGAUAAGGAGAUACAAAACUUCUUCCACCAAGAAGGCUACAAGUAUUUCACUGCCGCCAGCAAACUGAUAGACACUACAAAUGUAGCUGAUGUCUCCGCAAUCCAAACAAUUUUCAUGAUGACAAUAUUCCUCCAGUGUUCUGCUAAGCUGACCACAUGCUAUUCGCUUGUGGGAAUAGCUUUAAGAGCCGCCUUGCGAAUAGGUCUUCACAAGAAGUCCAGUCUUGUUGGCUGCUCCCCCGUCGAAGCAGAGGUGAAAAAAAGACUAUUCUGGACCAUUUACAAAAUUGAUGUUUACGUCAACAUUAUAAUGGGACUUCCUGUUACAUUAGAAGAAAGCGACAUAGAUCAAGAGCUUCCAGGGAAUUUUAACGAUGAAGAUAUAACUGAGAGUGGAAUUCAAAGCUGUUUAUCUGGUGUCCAAAUCAGCAGUUGUGCUCUUAGCAACGAGCACACCAAACUCAUUAGAAUAACAAAGCGGAUAUACGACGAGGUCCGUUCCCACAAGAAGAAGGACUCACCUAGCCCACUUCCCCAUCUCCGCACUGUUCAAAUGCUUCAAGCAGAAUUGGAUGAAUGGCAAAUGUAUCUCCCGCCACAAUUGAAACCUCAUUAUAAUUUUGUGAAAGAUGAAGAAAUAAAACCGUACAGAUUGGCGAACUACUUCUUGAAUUUUGAUUACUUGCAUGCAACCCUGAUGCUAUAUCGACCUUUUCUUAACAGCGUCGUGUCACCUCCCGAACUAAUGAUACAGAGGCCCGAAGAGCUCACGAUGGCCAUGAAGUGUAUAGCAACCGCUCGGGAAGUUGUUUCACUAGCGAGCGAGAUGUGCUACCAAAAAAUACUCUGCGGUAGCUAUUGGUUUUCUGUUCAUGUCAUAUUUCUGGGUGUGACCUGUAUAAUGUUCACUGUCCACCAAGUCAGGUAUAUUGGUCGCAGCGCCUUGAGCGAUACCCUGAUGCACUCACUUGAAAAAGAUUUGAAAAAAGGCAUUGACUUAUUGCUGGAACUCAAGACAUGCUCCGUGACAAGCGAAAGAACUUACAACGUUUUGACAAAAUUAUUUGAAAGAUUCAAUGAUCGUUCCAUGGAAUCAUCGGCCGGAAGAUUACAAAACCUAAGCAUUUCAACAAAGUUAAAAAUGGAACAAGCUCAAGAACAGAGUCUUCAAAGUUCAAUGGUUCCACCAUUUGAAGAGCCAUUUUUGCCAUCCACUACUCCUUCAACCUUUCUCAAGCAGCCCCUGCCUUCAUCUCUUAUCCCGAGUGCAUUCACAGAUCAAACGUUACAAGUUCCAGUUGGCGAUGAUUCGCAUCGUUCCAGUUUAGCAGCAUUCUUUGAAGACUCCUACCUCAGUGGAAUGUUUGAUGAUUGGGAUACAUUGCUGGGAUCUUCAUAA